AAAAAAUACACCAAUACAAGUAAUUUGGAGCUUAUAAACCCUGUAUUAGUGACCCCCGAUACAAGAAGGAAAGCCAGGGCGGCCAGACUGACGAGGCAGAAUAGAGGAAGACUCAAGAGAAGUUGGCCGGUAAAUCACUCCUAUCUCCUGACAAUGACUCUGCCACUGAACAAGCCCUUUGAGGUGUCUGGCCAUCAAGAAAAGGACUAUGGGUCAGAGAUGGGCAUGAUGCGCCGUGCCCCCACAGCCACCUCGUCACACCCCCUGGAGGAGUCUGAGAGGACCUACCGCCAGCGUCAGGAGCAGCACAGGCUAGACUCUGCCACCCGGGCCUUUGGGAUUGGCUUUGCCCUCCAUUUUAAGCAUGAGAGAGCAGCUGCUGGAUGUCACCAGAUUGGACACUUAGGGUUCAUGCCACGAUCCAAUGCCCACCUGCAGGCCCUCACUGGCAGGGACCUGGAGCUGGACUUCACAGACACACUGGGGGUACAGCCAGAGGUCACCUACAACCCACACCUCUACAUGGAGCAAGAGCAGAGAAAGCGCAUGUUUUGAGGCUAAGAUAGGGUUGUAGCAUUAUGUUCACAGUUUAGUAUGGAGUGUUGUGGUGAUAUUUAAUUUAGGCUGAUUGUUCCCAUUUGUUUUAUCAUCAGGUGAAUGCUUCAGAGUCAUGUUUCACAAAUACCUAGUGAAGUUUUGUAACUGUUUACUAACAGAAUUUAAACAAGGUAAAUAAAUGUAUACCCCAAAAAAUAUACUUCUCAGUAUAAAA